CUCCCCGCGCAGCUGCCGGCCUCCGCCUCCCCGGCUGCCGCGUCUCCCCUGCCGGCUGAGCGCGGGGGGGCCGGCCGCCGAGCCGGGGAAACCGAAACCGGAGCGGGCGGCGCAGGCCGUGGCAGCGGGCGCCUCUGCCUCCGUCGCCGCCUCCGUCCCCCCCAGGGCUGCCGCGGGCCGGCGGGGCCCGGCGGGAGCGGCGCGGGAUGGGCAGGUGCUGCUUCUACGCGGUCGGGACGCUGUCCCUGCUCCUGCUGGUGGCCAGCAUCACGCUGCUGGUGGCCCGGGUAUUCCAGAAGGCCGUGGACCAGACGAUCGAGAAGAACAUUGUGUUAAGGAAUGGUUCCGAGACCUUUGACUCCUGGAAGAAGCCCCCCCUGCCUGUGUAUGCCCAGUUCUAUUUCUUCAAUGUCACCAAUCCAGAGGAGAUCCUCCGAGGGGAGAUCCCUCGAUUAGAAGAAGUGGGGCCAUAUACCUACAGGAUAGUCACAGAGAGAGAGAGAGGCAGAGACACAGGCAGAGGGAGAAGCAGGCUCCAUGCACCGGGAGCCCGACGUGGGAUUCGAUCCCGGGUCUCCAGGAUCGCGCCCUGGGCCAAAGGCAGGCGCCAAACUGCUGCGCCACCCAGGGAUCCCAGAAAUCAAGUCUUUUACCUGGGAAUAUCCAGUGGCUGGGAACUUAGAGACAAAGCAGAUAUUCAGUUUGGAGAUAAUGGAACAACCAUAUCAGCUGUUAGCAACAAGGCCUAUGUUUUUGAACGAAAUCAAUCUGUUGGAGACCCUAAAACUGACUUAAUUAGAACAUUAAAUAUUCCUGCAGUGACUGCCAUGGAAUGGGCCCAUCUUCGCUUCUUCCGGGAGCUCAUCGAGGCGCUGUUGAAGGCCUAUCAGCAGACGCUCUUUGUGACACACACUGUGGAUGAAUUGCUCUGGGGCUACAAAGAUGAGAUCUUGUCCCUCAUCAACGUUUUCAAACCAGAGAUCUCUCCCUAUUUUGGCCUGUACUAUGGGAAAAAUGGGACUAAUGAUGGAGACUAUGUUUUUCUAACCGGAGAAGACAAUUACCUUAACUUUUCAAAGAUUGUGGAGUGGAAUGGAAAAACGUCGCUUGACUGGUGGACAACAGACAAAUGCAAUAUGAUUAAUGGAACAGAUGGAGAUUCUUUUCACCCGUUGAUAGACAAGGACGAAAUUCUUUAUGUCUUCCCAUCUGAAUUUUGCAGAUCAGUGUAUAUAACUUUCAGUGACUUCACAAGUGUGCAGGGACUGCCUGCCUUUCGGUAUAAAGUGCCUGGAGAAGUAUUAGCCAAUACCUCAGACAAUGCCGGCUUCUGUGUGCCUAAGGGAAACUGCCUGGGCUCAGGAGUUUUGAAUAUCAGCAUCUGCAAGAAUGGUGCACCCAUUAUUAUAUCUUUCCCACACUUCUACGAAGCAGACAAGAAGUUUGUUUCUGCCAUAGACGGCAUGCAUCCAAAUAAGGACUACCAUGAGACCUUUGUGGACAUUAAUCCAUUGACGGGAAUUAUCCUAAGAGCCGCCAAGAGGUUCCAGAUCAAUGUUUAUGUCAAAAAGUUAGACGACUUCAUUGAAACAGGAAACAUUAGAACCAUGGUUUUCCCAGUGAUGUAUAUCAAUGAGAGUGUUCUCAUUGAUAAAGAUACUGCAAGUCGACUAAAGUCUGUGAUUAACACUACUUUGAUCAUCACCAACAUACCCUACAUUGUCAUGGCACUGGGUGUGUUUUUUGGUUUGAUCUUCACUUGGCUUGCAUGCAAAGGACAGGGAUCCAUGGAUGAGGGAACUCCAGAUGAAAGAGCACCCCUCAUACGAACCUAACCUAACGAAGGCCCGAGCUUGGUGAAGGAGUCCUGUGACCGUCCUGACAGGGACCCAACAUGAGGAAACUAUCCACGUCUUCACAGGAAUGUUGCCUGUUGUAGUGAGGAGGGAGGAGACCCUGUGCUGGCAAAUGACCAGAGCAUUCUGGCAGGAGGUUAAAGAAUGGACUGACAUGGUUGCCUAUUAGGCUUUAUAAAAUUGUUUUGUUUUCCAUGUGUCUAGCAAGUAUUUAAUAAACUCUUGUAUAGUAAUUUUUUUGUUAUCAGGUGCUGGUAGCUCCAGAAUUUUGUGACCACUGUUGUGGUUAAAAUGUAUCUGUAUCGCUUGUUAACGUUCCCUGGUCUAACCUUACUCACUAAGCUUUAUUCACCAAACUUUGUGCUCAAAAUAUAUCAAUACUAUUUUA